AGCUGCCGCCUUGGAGUAGAAAAGUUGAAAAGUACGCAUAACGCUCCGCAUUUGUUUCCUCCCUUCGCAUUUCUAAUGUAUCCUUCAUUUCAAAUCUAUUAUUAGUAGCUGCAUCUAAACUUCGCUGUUUUGUAUCUCAACAGACUUGUCAAGAUGAAUGAAAAGUUUUCCAAACGAUAUGAAGGUGAAUGGAAAAUAUCAACACCUGCUCAUCCCUCUGUAUUCCAGAACAUUGUUACCCCAACUUUUUCGCCUCUGCCUGAUGAUAGUAUAAAAUUUCAUUUUGAAGCUUUUUAUCAACAAAUCAGCAGUUCUUCUUUGGGGGGAUCUAUUUUAUCUUUGUUCAAAUUGAAACUAGUAAAACUUAGUAAUGCUCCUAUAUCUCCAUCGUUAGAAGCAACUGUUAAUGUAAUAGUUAAUUACACCAAUGGAUGUCGUUUCACAGAAUAUAAUAGCAGUUCUUUUUUAAACGUUGAUGUACUGACUUUCAAUGAUGUAAUUCGGGUCAUUCAGACAAUCAAUUAUCCGAACCUGCCAAAGAUUUCUCCUCAUGGCGAGAAUAUGAAAAGCGGUGCUUUGGUUAUAAAGUGCAUAAUGCUUUUUAGUGAUUGCCAUCAAUCGCCACAUUUGGUCUUCGGUGCCAUAGUGUUGACUUCAGACAAACAUCUUGAUUUUUUUAAAAACUUACAAUCGAUGUACGAUCUCAGUAUGUUUAGCGAUUUUGUUUUCAAAGUGGGCGAUCAAUCCUUCCCAGCUCACAAAAUAAUCCUCUCUGCUCAUUCUCCAGUGUUCAAGAAUAUGAUGACCCACGAGUUCGAAGAAUCCAAGACCAACAGCGUGACCAUUACGGACGCCUCGCCUGAAAUAUUUGAUUUAUUCCUGAGGUAUUUGUAUUCAGGUGAGAUUGAAGUCAAGUGUUGGGAUUCAUUAAAAGCACUUAUCUACUUGUCCCAUAAAUAUGAUAUUGGAAUUUUGAAAACUAAAUGCGCAGAAGCGGCAAUUUCUAUUUUAUCUGUAGACUCUGCAUGUGAUAUACUUGAAACUGCUUAUACCUAUUCCGAUUCACACUUAAAAACAACCGCUAAACAAUUUGCUGUUCAACACUUGAAGGAAAUAGUUUUGAGAGAAGAUUGGAAGGAACUUGUGACAAAUCAUCCGUUGAUUGGAUAUGAAGUAACCUUAGAUUUUGUUUCAAAAUAAACUUUAUAUUCAAAAUAUUAUUUUAUAAAAGUUAUUAUUUCAUGUAUGUUUUAAUUUUAUAUUUUAGAGAAGUGAUUACUAAAUUGAAAAGUAUCUUUACACCUAACUGUUCUAUGAUUGCAAAUCAAAUUUUAUGUUUUUAAAGUUUUAAUUGUUUAAAUUUAUGAAAUAACAUAAAAAUGUGUUGAUUGGACACGUAAUUAUCUUCAGUUCUAUCUGUGUUUUUUUUUUUUUUUUUUAUCAAAUUACGUAACGGAAAUUGAAAUGUGUUAUUAUUUUAGCUUGUUGUAGAGAAAUAAAUACAAGAUUGUAAAGUAUAUUUAAUACGUAACUUCUCCUUGAUUGUGAAUAAGAGUUGGGUGUUUUAAAAUUUAUCGUUCUAUUUCAUAAAAUUUUGUUCAAUAAAUAUGAAGUAAUUUUUCAUUAUUUAGAGAAUUAUUAUAGAAACAGAAGUAGAAAUGUGUUCAAGUUGAAUUUUGAUAUUUUAAAAACAUAUUGUAAUAGUAAAAAUGAACAAUAAACUGCAAAGUUGAAUAACGUGAAA